AAAUCUGGCAAAUCACAAAAUGUGACAGAUGUCUAAUUUUUGUUAUGUAAAUAUUCGAAAAUACUAAACCACCGGUACUAUUUGCAAAAAUUCACAGUUCUGAAUGUUGAUGUAGGUAGAACAAUAUGCCUGUAGAUAUAAAAGAACUAACAGAAGGUUGGCUCGAACUGGAAAGUGACCCGGGACUGUUUUCGCUCCUUUUGGAAGAUUUUGGAGUGAAAGGUGUUCAAGUUGAAGAAAUAUACGACAUACAUAAACCCUUAGAUGGCCCUGUUUACGGUUUUAUUUUUCUGUUUCGUUGGAUGGAGGAAAGACGCUCUCGAAGAAAAGUGGUCGAGCAAACCGAAGUUUUUGUUCGUGAUGAAGAAAUAGUAAAUGAAAUAUUUUUUGCGCAACAAAUGGUGCCUAACAGUUGUGCGACUCAUGCCUUAGUGUCAGUACUUUUGAACUGCGCUGACUUGCACUUAGGUACGACGUUAGAAAGACUGAGAACACAUACAAGGGGAAUGUCGCCUGAAAAUAAAGGAUGGGCGAUUGGAAAUACCCCAGAAUUAGCGAAAGCACAUAAUUCACAUGCAAUGCCACAGGCUAAGAGACGGCUGGAUAAAAGUACUGGGGUUUCUACAGGCCGGUUUACUGGAGAAGCAUUCCAUUUUGUUAGUUUUGUACCAAUAAGUGGACGUUUGUUUGAACUGGAUGGCUUGAAACCAUACCCAAUUGAUCACGGACCGUGGAAUGAAGGAGAUCAGUGGACGGAUAAGUUUCGGGCGGUCAUUGCUGACAGACUUGCCAUAAGUGCCGGUGAUGAAUGUAGCGAAAUUCGAUUUAAUUUAAUGGCGGUGGUACCAGAUCGCCGACUUGCCAUUCACCAUAAAUUGAAAAUGUUGAAAACUAAUCGGCAGAUUGUACUAGAUGCUUUAAAACACUUAGUUAAAGUGAAAAAAGACAAGAAAGAGGAAGAUAAUGCAAACGCUGUACAUACAACUAAUAAUGUGGAAGAAAGAGAGAUAUCGCAAGAAAAUGUACCCAUGCAGACUGGUGCUCCUGAAGAACCAGUGUCAACUGCGGCGAAGAGUUCAGUGACAACAUUGGGUCCUUUAGAUUAUGCAACCCCUUUAACUAUACAAACUUCACCAGCACCAAGUACAUCAGGAACAGACACUUCAUCAGAAGUAGGGUCGGCAUUUAAUUCACCAACGCAGACUUGGAAUUGGGGGGCGCAACAGCAACAACCAAGUCCGUCGUCUCGAGACUUGAAAAGAUUCGUUGUUAUUCGGAUGUCAGAACAGGAUGAAGAACAAAAUAAUAAGAAACUGAUAAAAAAAGAAGGUGUUGAUCAGAAGAGUAACCCCAAUGGGGCAGUAGCACGGGUUCGUACAAGCGAUGGUGACACUGUAGUAGCUGAGAAAAAACACCCAGAACUAUUGGAACCUCAUACAUUUGCGCCCCAGGACCUACUAGCGCUUUUACGAAAUUUAGAAAACGAGAUUUGUAUGUGUGAAAUUAAUUUAAAGGAUGAAAAUGACAAACAAAAUAAAUAUAAGAUUGAUGACUGCAGAAGAACACAUAAUUAUGAUGAGUUUAUUUGUACAUUUUUGUCAAUGUUAGCAGAGCAAGGUAAAUUAGCGGAUUUAGUAGAGCAACAUUUGUUAGUACCUAAAAGGCCAGGAACGCUGCCACAACCAAAGGCCGCGAAAGUCGCUAAAAAACAUGAAACUGGUGGUAAAAGAAAGAAGGGAAGGACGAAAGUGAAAAGAAGAAGGUGAAAAGAAAAUGAUCUGUUUUAAUAAUACCAGAGUUAUGCAGAUUACAAUACAAUGGGAGAAAAAAAGUUUAGUUAUUGGGUAGAGUUCAACAAAUAAAAGCAAAAACAUUUGAUCUUGAUUGUCAGCCACUUUGAGGAACUUAAAAACUGACUUUAACCGCUGCUUUUACAAAAUCUCGGUGAAAUAAAUGUGGUUUGAGGAAGCGAAUUUAAACACAAAAACGUUUUUAAUAAACUUUAUUGUUACAGAAAAUAGACACU